AUGUUCCUCUGCAAGGAUCCUGCUACUACUGUGAAUGAUCAUUUUGAUCAACUCCAGGAGUAUACUUCUCAUCUUGAACAUUAUAAAAGUGAGCUCACCAAGGAUAAGGACCUCAAAGAGUUGAUUUUUCAUGCUUGCACUGCCAUUGAAAAGGAAUUCCAUACCAAUACUUCCAAGCAGCCUAUCCAUAAGGUGCUCAAGACCAUCACUGGGUGGGUUCAAAGUGAGCGAGGUCAGCUUGCAGAUGGUGGGCCAGGUGCUCCUUCCAUUCCAACUGGCCCUUGUCAUGACCCUAAGUCAGCUGGGGUCAUUGCACGCAAUAAGGGCAAAGGCCGCGCUAUUCGUCGUUCUCGUGUCACCGUUGAUACUGAGUCUGAUGAUGAUGAGGAUGACCCAGACAAGGUAGUGGUCUAUUCUGAUUCUGAUACUGAGUCUAUUAAAAUGGUCAUUGAUGAGGAGGCCUCCAGGGCUGGGCGGUUUCUAAAGUUUUCCAAGACUAGAUCCAGCGAUGUGGUUACUGGGGACAAGUGUAAGGAACCCUACAAGGCAACUUCCCAAAGGUUUAUCAGCAAAGAUGGUGCUCAUGCUUGCAAGUGUGCUAAGCUAUCGUUUCCACUUCCAUCAGCCCAGGAGUAUUUUCCUUGUGGUUCUCAUGGGAUCAGAGAGCAGUGCCCUGCCUCAGCUCUUGAACUUGUUAGUGUCUUUGCCAAUGACAAGGGAGCUGCUCCUAGUGUCCAUGCUUUGUGCAAGAGUUAUAAAGGAUCAGCCAUGGGUCAUUUCAUGGUGGAGAGAUCUGAGCAUCUGGCCAAGCUUGAGAGUGCCCUCAUGGGUGAUGUCCUUGUGCUCCAGCACACUUUAUACACUGCUGAGAAACAGCAUGCUUUCCUCCUUAAUGAACUUGAGCAUGUCCAGUCUGCCCUUCAUCUCUUGGUUCCAGCGCUAGCAGACUCUGGAGAUCCUGCUCCUGUAGAGACUGAGACUCCUUUUGCUCCUUCCACCUCAUCUAAUGUGGAGCCUCCAUCUGCCUGA